GCGUUUUAGUGAAGGGAAGGGACCGGCGCAAGGCAUACGAGAGAUGACGCUGCGGCGCUGUGGCUGGCCUGUGGCUGGAUCAUGGUGUCACCCUGCGGCUCAGUGACGAAGUGACUGCCGUUCGGAGUGAAACGAACCUUCUCCGAGAGCACCGAGUGCUCGUGCAUUUUUGACGCAAACUACGGAAAGCACAACGAACGAGAACAAAUUCUAGCGAUUUAAACGAACAGACAGCACGCGCUCGUGUGUGUGUGUGUGUGUGUGUGGAUGUGCGCGUGUUUAUGUGACCUCAGGAAAACCGCCGCUCUAACAACAGCGCCUCAACAAGCAAAACAUAAUGUCGGGUCAGGUGCGCAUCAACAACAACAGUGAGGGUCGUGCGUUACUGGUGCUAGUGCUGCUAGUGUUUCUGCAAACCACCACCAUACGAUGCCAGCGCAUAGGUCCGGAAAUGGCUGAUCUCUACAUAACGGUGAAUGCGCGGGCCCGCACCCUCGAGCUGGCCUGGCGCAAUUUUCAUGAUCUGUCCAAUUACAUUCUGCUGGCCGAGCAGCAGUCGGUCCCGGCGUUCCAGCCACGCUACUACUACUACUCGCGACCACCAGCGGCAACCACUAGCGGCCCCGGACCGCUCGACGAGUUCGACGCAAUGUCGGCGGCGUCGACCGGUCGGCCAUCGACAGCGGAAGUAACCGACGACGGGCGUGGUGCGGUCAGCACUACCGAAAAUAGCUCCCCACCCAGCAUGACGGCGUCAACGCCGACGGACGCUGAUGUGGCGUACUCGUCCAACAUGGAGAUGGAGAUCGAGUGGGAGUACGACUUCCGGGACGAGCAUGGUGUGCGGAAGAAGGAAGUGCUAUUUUCGCUGCAGCCGGUCUAUGAAAACGGUUGGACCAAAACUGAUAUCAAAUUUAACUACGAUCUCAUGAACGAGGCAAACACCUCGACCCGGUGCUACGGAUACUACGCGUACACCGUCACACCGAACGGAACCGUGCUCGAUGUGCACUGUAUGAAGCUGUACCCGACCUGGAUGAACGACCUACGAUCGCACCUGAGCGCUUUCCGUAUGCGGGAGCUCUUUCUGCCCGGGACGCACGAUUCGGCGUCCUACAAGCGGAACUUCGAUCCGCAGCACCAGGAGACGAUCGUCACCAAGUACGCGCUGACGCAGGACGACGACAUACGGUCCCAGUUGCUGCAGGGUGUCCGGUAUAUUGAUCUACGCGUCGGUUACUAUAAAUCGAAACCGGAACCGUUCUGGUCGAACCAUGGCAUCUCGAGGAUGCACCCGCUGAUCGAGGACCUGGAACAGAUACGCAAGUACGCGGCCGAGACGAAGGAGAUUAUCGUGGUGGACGUACAGGAGUUCCCGGUUGGCUUCGGUAAGGGGUACGAUAUCCACAUCAAGCUUAUCGAGUACCUGCAGCGUGAACUGGGCGACGUGAUGGCACUGCCCGGUGCUGGCGGUUGGUCCCGCCGGCUCGGCGAUAUCUGGUCCGGCGGUAAGACGGUGGUGCUCGCGUACGACCAUGAAUUUGCGGCUCGCGCUUACCCGCACCUGCUGUGGCGCUCCGUACAGCAGCGCUGGGGUAACGUGCAAAAGGUGGGCGAUCUACAGAAUUAUCUCUUCAAGGUGCAUCAUCCGAUGGGAUUCCGGGAGUACUCGUACCGUCCCGUCGCCGAUAUGGCCGAGCUGACACCGGAUCCGUGGGGUGUCAUCACCGACCGGUACGGUGGGCUGCGCAAGAUGGCCGACUCCGUCAAUCGGUUCGUGAGCAAGUGGUACUUCGAAGAUCUCGGACCGACGGCCAACGUAGUGGCGGUGGACUUCGUGCGCGGUACCAGCAUCAUCGAUGCCGCGAUCUACUGGAACCUGAAGCGCGUACCGAGUGGUUAAUAAAACUCGAAUUCUAAU